UCAGCUGAGACCUUGGGACAGUGGCCAGCCCCCUGCUCAGCAUUGUUUUGGGGAUCCCCUGGUCCCAAGGUCCUGGAUGAAGAUUACAAGCAGCAGGGGUGUCUGCUACUUGGGGCCUCUUCUGCUGUCUCCAAUCACUGAUAGGAGUGAUGGGAGGGUCUGGCUGCUGGCCUGCCUGGCCCCCAAUACAGUGCACCCUUGUCUGCUCCCCACACCACCCACAUCGCCCACACUGUGCCAGACAAGCAGAUGCUCCUGCAGUCGCCUUGCAGCCAACUCAGCUGGCCUGAGGAGUCCUCUGUCCACAUCCACAUCCACAUCCAUAGCCUGCAGCUGGCCUGGGGAGUCUAACCAGCUCUUGCGCUUCCCGUUGUCCCUGGGGCUGAGAGCAUGGGGACCCCUGUGCGCACUGUGCUGUUCCAGCGUGAGAGGACAGGCCUGACGUACCGUGUGCCCGCACUACUGCCUGUGCCUCCUGGACCUGCCCUGCUGGCCUUCGCAGAGCAGCGCCUCAGCCCUGACGACUCGCAUGCCCACCUCCUGGUACAGCGCUGGGGCACGAGAGUGGGCAGCUCUGUGCAGUGGGGCCCUCUGCAUGUGCUGAGCACAGCAGCUCUGGAAGGUCAUCGAUCCAUGAAUCCCUGUCCUGUACGUGAUGCACACACGGCCACCAUCUUCCUCUUUUUCAUCGCCGUUUGGGGCCACACGCCUGAGGCCACACAGAUUGCUACAGGCCGAAAUGCAGCUCGUCUCUGCUGUGUGACCAGCCAUGAUGGGGGUCAUAGCUGGGGCCAAGUGCGUGACCUCACAGAGGAGGCAGUGGGCAGUGCCCAGGCGGAGUGGGCCACAUUUGCUGUGGGCCCAGGCCAUGGUGUGCAGCUGCUCUCAGGCCGCCUGUUGGUGCCAGCCUACACCUACCGAGUGAACCGGCGCGAGUGCUUUGGCCGCAUCUGCAGGACCAGCCCUCACUCCUUCACCUUCUACAGUGAUGACCAUGGCCGCACCUGGCACUGUGGGGGCCUGGUGCCCAACUUGCGCUCUGGCGAGUGCCAGCUGGCAGCAGUGAAUGGUGUACUAUACUGCAACGCCCGGAGCCCCCUGGGCAGCCGUGUGCAGGCACUCAGCACCGAUGAGGGUGCCUCCUUUCUGCCUGGGGAGCUGGUGCCCAGCCUGGCUGAGACCGCACGGGGCUGCCAGGGCAGCAUUGUGGGCUUUUCUGCCCCUUCCUACAGCAGGCCCCCAAGUGAGGGAUCUGCUGUGGGCACCAGGGGCCUUCCUGCUUCUCUCUGUCCAGGAGUGCAAAGGCCCCCUGAAGGGAGUGCUGGAGACAGCCAUAUGGGGGAUGGGCCCAGUGUGAGGGAGGUACCUGCCAGUCUUGGCAGGGACACAUGGCUUCUGUAUUCCCACCCCGUGGGACGUAGGGCUCGACUACACAUGGGCGUGUACCUGAACCGGUCCCCCCUGGACCCACAGAGGUGGACGGAGCCCUGGGUGAUCUUCCAGGGUCCCAGCGGCUACUCUGACCUGGCCUGCCUGGGGCCUUGGCCGCAGGGGGAUCUGGUCUUUGCCUGCAUGUUUGAGAGUGGAGCCAGGCUCUCCUACGAGGAGAUUUCCUUCUGUCUCUUCUCUCUGCAGCAGCUGCUGCAGCAUGUUGGGCCCCCACCACCCCAGGGCAAGGACAAGCCUGGAGGCCACUGCCAGCCCUCCUGAUGGCCCCAGAUGUGGGCCUGGGCAGAGCAGGGGUCAUCACCAGGAGAGAACUAGGGGUGGGCAGAGCCCAGAACCCAGCGUGGAUCCAGGCAGGCCCCUUGUUGCUUUUCUCUCAGACCUGGGGCAGUGUCGGGCCUUUUCUAACUCCUUGCUCCAGGGCUAUUGGGUGAGUAGGUGAUUGGGUGAGAAUAGGAACCCUCUGAUCUGAUCUGAUCUGAUCUGAUCUGAUCUGAUCUGGGGAGCACUCACUUUCUGCAGCAGGGUUAGACAAUUUGGGAGAUGUA